CACCAUCAUCCCUACAACUACAUCCUCAUCCUUGUCUCGUAGCAGUCUUCUACACACACCCUGCAUAUCACCCAUACCUACAACCAUCCAUACCUACAACCAUGCCUCCUGUAGCCAGCAACAGGCUCGCCCCUGCCCGUCUCGCCACCAACCCCCUCCAGCGCCCUGUGCGCAAGGUCCGCGUGUGUGAGCUCGCGGCCAACAUCAACUACGGGCUCUGCAAAAUUGCACUCGACGAGCAUCUCAAGGGUCGCACCAUGAACGUGAAGAAACAGCGCAUGGUCUCGAGCGCACUCGUAGAGCCGACGAUUGAGCUGCUCAGCAGUCUUCCUCCCCGCCGGCUGAAACCCAAAGUCCAGGUUGUCGUCGAUGCGAACGGCAACGCGGCCGAGAUCAACCCCAACCAGCACGUGCAGCCCCCAUCGCGCGACGACGCAAACAGAACCAAGGUGUUGGUAGACCGACUUAACGCUAGCAAGACCGCACUUGUUAGUGAGCAGAAGGUUUCUUCAGAGCUGCGGCGGCGCAAGAAAAUUCAGAGGCUUCAGGAGCCUCUCGUCAUGCGUUCGCAGUACGCGUCCUACUACAGGCGCGUCCCGGCAGCGCUUGACAACCAUCCCAGAAUCCACCCAUCCGUCCCGCCACCUCUUGCGCGUUCUCCUCCUCCUCCUCCCCUUCCUCCCACUCGGUGGGUAUUGCGCCCUCAGAUCUGGAAACCGUACCAGCGUCCAGUCCUGGCCCCUCCCGCGCCGGCGCCGGUGGAGCUUGCACAUGUACCCUUUAUCCCGCACAUCCCGUCCAACACUCCCAACAACAUUUUCCAAGCAAGCAGCGAGGCCCCCGCAGUUGCGCCAGCAGCAUCACAGGAGACGGCUACAACCAAGAUCGCCGGCGCCCCAUUUGAGUUCACGUUUCAGUUACCUGAAUCCUACGCCAAUGCGGGUCCUAGCGCGGCCUACAUCGCCAACUGCAAGGCUUACCUGGCAGAGGCUGAGGUCCAGAAGCAGAAGACUCUCAAGAGGAUCAGGGAGCAAAUGAGCAAAGAGCGGUCUCGCAACGGCCAGAACCCACCCCGCCCUGCGUGAAUUUGAAAAAUCUUAGCUAAGCAGGCGCUUUUGGGCGGUUACGGCUGGGCAUCCACAUGUUUUGUCACCUUCUUCCUCUCUCGUCUUCCCUAGACCGUGUACCCUCUUUGCUACUGUACCCAUUACUAAUCUAUAGUUUUAUAGUAUAGCUACAGCAAUAGACUCGUCCAGUAUUAGCGUGGACCCUGUAGAUAUCCAUGUAAUCAAACUUGCAGUCGUC